UAGAAUACUCUAUUAACACUUCACUCUUGCAUCUUCAAGCAUCUACCAUUCUCUUAUCUUCUCAUUGCUAUUACCACUCUUCUGUAUUACAUCGGAACUGAAAGAAGCUUACUUAGAACAAACAAAGCAUAGAAAAAAUGGUCCUGCAACUGCAGGCAGCCUCUAGACCUGUACCAACAACCAAGUCUUGUUUGGCUACAACAGGCAAUGCUGGUCUGCGAAGACCAUCUGAUCGAUUUGCUCUUAAGUCAUCUUUUUUCUCUCCAUCACUCAACCUCUUGCUUUCCUCUCUACCACGCACUCCUGCUUCUGCUGCACCCAGAUUUUCCAUGCGUGUUGCCUCCAAGCAAGCCUAUAUUUGUCGUGAUUGCGGGUAUAUAUAUAAUGAGAGAACUCCCUUUGAGAAAUUACCUGACAAGUAUUUCUGUCCUGUCUGUGGUGCUCCUAAACGAAGAUUCAGGUCCUACCAACCUGCUGUGGUAAAAAAUGCUAAUGCAACAGAUGUUCGAAAGGAACGGAAAGCACAAAUUCAAAGAGAGGAAGCAAUUGGGCGGGCACUCCCGAUAGCAAUCGUGGUGGGAAUUGUGGCACUUGGGGGAUUAUACUUCUACCUCAACAACACCUUUAGUUGAAUAGUUGGGUAGAAGCCAAAUGUCUGUUGUUGACAGAAUUAUUCUUGUAAUGUCAUCUUAUUUCUCAAAGUUCCUUCUGAUUACACUAUACAUUUUCCAUUCACGAUCAAUAGCUGAAAAGGAAAUAUCCUCACUGUUCUGAGUA